AUGAUACCUAAAUGGCAAAAGCGAAUAGAGACACGUAUAGAAGGGAAAAGACAAGUAAUUGGAAGAAUAACGCAAGUGUUAAAUGGAAACAAAUCAAAAAGACUUAACCAAUCAUUGAAAGAUAUAUACCGAUUAUUACAGACAAAACCUGGAGAACCUGAAUUUGAAUCAAUAAUCCGAAAUUACAACGACACAUUAAAACAAACAGUUCAAGCACUAUCACAAAGAAUCAGAAGAUAUAAACAACAAAAAACUUUCUCCAAUGACAUAAAUAUGGAAUUUGGAUUAGAUAAAUGUGCUAUAAUGAAAUUGAAAAGAGGUGUCUACUCAGAGAGACCUGAGUACGAAACUGAUAAUGGAUAUAUAAAGGCACUAGAAAAUGGAGAUAUAUACAAAUAUUUAGCCAUAAACACUUGGGCAAUACCUGUACUGACAUACUCGUUCGGAAUAAUAAAAUGGAGUAAAACAGAACUCGAGACCAUCGAAAGACAUAUAAGGCGACAACUUACAAUGUUUGGAGUACACCACCCUAGAAGUUCUGUAGCACGACUAUGUGUUAGUAGAAAACAUGGGGGUAGAGGGUUACUAAACAUUGUAAGCCUUGAGGCCAAACAGCGAGAACUGUUGAGAAAAUACCAUCAACAAAAAUGCUAUGUCUCAGAGCUCCACAAAAUAACAUCAACACUCGAUUACAACUACACACCUCUAAACCUCAGCAAUAUUGAACAUCAAAUAGAUAUACAAAAUGAAAAAGAGAGGAUUAACACAUGGGCCUCAAAAGAACUCCACGGAAGAUACCGGGCAGAACUCAACCAAACACACGUAGACGAAGAAAUGUCUACAAAAUGGUUGAAGUACGCCGGUCUUCACGGAGAGACAGAGGGGUUCAUGAUGGCAAUACAAGAUCGAGUGGUUCCGACCCGUAACCAUCAGAAAUAUAUCCAAAAGCUAAACAUACCAACAGACAAGUGCAGGAUGUGUCAUAUGGAGUCCGAAACAAUAGAACAUAUACUAAAUGGGUGUAAAGUACUCACAAAUACCGAGUACCUAAGCCGUCACAAUCAAGUAGCCAAGAUCAUACAUCAGGAACUGGCAAUAAGAUUCGGACUAAUCAAAGACCCAUUACCAUACUAUAGAUACGAGCCACAAAGUGUAAUGGAAAACAACAGUGCCAAGCUCUACUGGGAUAAAGAAAUAAGAACUGAUAAGACUGUGGCCCACAACCGCCCAGAUAUAGUCAUAGUAGACAAACAUCAAGAUAAGGCGUAUAUAAUAGACAUAGCGGUCCCACUAACACAUAAAUUACAGGACACGCAUUGUGAGAAACGUCGGAAAUAUACAGACUUGGCCUAUGAGAUCAAUAAGAUGUGGCGCAUUAAGAAAGUUGAAAUAAUACCUAUAAUACUGUCAUCAAUGGCCGUAAUACCGAAAAAUCUGGCCCUAAGUAUGGAAUCACUUCAAAUAAGAAAAACUAAGAUCUAUGAAAUGCAAAAAGCAGUGAUACUUCAGAGUUGUAGAACAGUCAGAAAAGUACUAGACUUGAGUUGA